AUGUCGUGGGAUAGCUACUUCGAUGAAACAUCGCCUAAUCAAUACCGAUUUCUGGGCUUUUAUAAACACCGUCAAAACCAACAAAAUUUUACAUUCUCUUUUCGUAAAGAGGCCGAUAUACUCAGAAAGAGUCUUGACUUGUUGAUAAAAGAUAAUCGUUCAGAAGAUAUUAAGAAGGAAGGGGUUAAACUCACACAACUACGGUGGAAACCUUCUUGCUUUCCACCUUAUGGUCUUCUUGUCCGUUGUGGUCUGCCACAAGCAGUAUGGGAGACUCCCAGUAGUCCUGAGAAGGGGUUAAACUCACACAACUACGGUGGAAACCUUAUUGCUUUCUACCUUAUGGUCUUCUUGUCCGUUGUGAAACAUCGAUUCCAUAAUGAAGAUGUCAAUAACUUCUGGAACGAAAUCGAGUUAAUGUAUAAUAAUAAAGAAAAGCAACGUCUAGAGUCAGAAAGAUCUGUGCGAACAAAACAGUGCCAUGUCAAUAUAAGUAAUAAGACGCAAUGUAUGAUGGAGAACAUAGCUGAGGAGACCGCGGAAGCUCAUUUAGCAACAACAAAAAAGAGAUCGACCGGAAAAAGAAAAUCCAUAUGUUAUAGUCAUAGUCAUACUGAAAGUUCAAAGGAAGAGGAUCAUUCAUCAGAUCCAGAUUACAUAGAGAAACCUAGGAGAAAUAAAAAACCAAGGUCAAACCGAUCACGUAGAAAAGUGGAGCGUGAUGGUAUGGACAAAGACGACAUUAUUGAAGAAACUUCAGAGGAUAAAAAUACUCCAAGUUCGGCUCAACUAACCAUGACAUCAAAUAUCUCGGAAGAUACUACUUUGGUUGAAACCAGUCCAAGUACACUCCAAGCUCAACCAACCAUAACUUCAUUAAAUAAUUCAGAAGAUAUCGCGCAAAGUACACCCCAGCAAACCCCGACGUCAUUUGAUAUGUCAGAAUAUUUUUCCACUUCACGUGAGUCUACACCAUGUCCAGUAGUUCAACCGACACAACAAGUUUUGAUCAAUACACCAAACAAACCAGUUGUAACGAAAGUGAUGUGUGAUAAAUAUUCACCAUACCUUGUUUGUGUAUUCAGUGCAACAAUAAAUCAUGUUAAGGAAACCAUCGAUGAGGGAACUUAUAGAGAAAUUGAAAAAUUGUUUCUAAUGAAAAAUCGAUUGGUUUUGCAGGAAUCCUUUGUUAAGAAGCUUGAAUCAAUAUUUGAAACAGAUUACGCAAAAAUCGAAUCAAAGAUCAUAAAUGAGACAAUUGUUGAAGGGGAUAACCAGUCAGAGGUGGCAAGGUUCAACUUCUUUGUACGGUACACACUUUUAGAUUUCACUGCAAACUUCAAAUAUAGGUUACCAAGAGUCCUAGAUCGUGACAUGUCUGAGCGAACAUUUAUUGUUGAAUGCUUAUCUCCUAUAUUCCGAGCAUUUCGAAACGCAUUUCCAGAAAUUAAGUACGAUUGGAUUGAGAAGAACGUCACUUCGAUAAGAGAGGCUAAUAACAUGUUCGCAGUUGAUAUCAGCCCACGAAAGACGGAUUUAUUUGUUGUACGUUUGUCAGAUGGAAUGGAAAUAUUGAACACAGAGGUAUCAGGUCCUCCGUUUAAAGCCACAAUCUCACACACAGUCGGAGAUGUGAAGAAGUUGCUAAUGAUGUCCAUAUGCAGUCUUUGCAGAAUAUUUGGCAAUAACUUAGAUUGUAGUGCAAAGGAUGCUAAAGGAAUAAAGACUUAUAACAUCCAAGUUGUUGGCGAUCGGCUUACAUUGUUUUCUGUAUCAAUCACAGACCAAAAGAAGUACUUGGCCGUCGAACUCGCUUCUUGCAUGAUUCCAUUUUCUUUCGAUUCAAUCUCAUAUUAUACAAAAAUUUUCAACUUUUUCGCAAUAAUUCAAGCUGAAUUUAAAGAACAGGAGAAAUUGCGAAAGAAAAUCUAUUCAUCCAUUUCAAUUGAAAAUACUGAAAGGAUACGCGAUUGGUUGUAUUUACCCGAGGAUUCCUUCCUUUAUGAUUUAAACCCUAUACCGGAGGAUAUCGAUGAAAUUCUUAUGAUAUGA